AUGUACAGUAGCAUUAAAGUAAGCGAGAAGAUGAAAGAAGAGACGUACCCCGAAAAAAGUGAAAAUAGCAAUAAUGACCAUGGGCUACAAAGCUGCACAAACUAUAGUCUAUGGUACUUUAAUGAUGCUUUACUGUCAACAAGAGGCUUAGUUCAACACAUUCCGAUCGCUAUUGCAUUUUCUCGGUCUGAAUCGGCUUUAUAUGAAAUGCCAAUGAAACUACUAGCAUACUUAAAAAUGGGACAUUUAUUGGCAAUGCUUACAUUAUAA